CUCACCUCAGCCCCAGAGUGACACUGACAGUGAUCGCUCUGCUGCAGAUUGCAGUCAUGAGCAAUCAUGAGCAAACUUCCGGGCUACCGUAAACAUCUCGUGAAAUCGCCAUAGAUAUUGACCGGUCACCCGGACUGCCGAAACGUCUGUGAAACGUCCUCUCAUGAGAGAACAUUCCAACAAGAGGUGAAAGGACACAACUCUACAGUCCGCGACCACGCCUCGCUUCCUCGCAGAGUAAACACAAUCCGUUCGCCGGUCAGCCAUCACCAACCUCGCAACUGCAAGUGGUAGCUUGGAGAAAAUCAGCCAAGAUGGCGGGCACCGUCCAUGUCCUGGACGACUACUACCUCGCAAUAACCCUCCUCAUCACCGUGGCAUACCAGUUGUUCUUCUUCGCCAUAGCCUUCACGUUCAAAUUCGACAAGCUCACAGACUUUGCCGGUGGGACCAACUUCGUCGUCCUCGCCAUAAUAACUCUCGCCUUUUCCGGGGAUAGCCCUCAUGCCCGGCAGAUCGUCCCCUCGAUCUUUAUCAUGCUGUGGGGGGUGCGACUGUCGGGCUUCCUGCUGUUCCGCAUCCUCAAGACGGGCAAGGAUGACCGCUUCGAUGACAAGCGCGACAAGUUCUUCCCCUUCCUCGGCUUCUGGGUCUUCCAGAUGAUCUGGGUCUGGGUUGUCUCACUUCCCGUGACUCUCAUCAACUCGCCCGCCGUGAGGCAGUACCCCUUCAUUGGCUUCGGUACUGCCAGGGAUAUCGUUGGCAUUAUCAUGUUUGCCAUCGGGUUUGUCAUGGAGAGCGUCAGCGACGUCCAGAAGUACCAGUUCAGGAGUACACAGGACAAGAGUGCUGUAUGUGACAAGGGCUUCUGGGCCUGGACCCGCCAUCCGAAUUACUUCGGCGAGAUCAUUAUCCAGUUCGCCAUCUACAUGAUCGCCGUGUCCUCUGCAGCCGACGGGUUCGUCCGAGGACAGGCCUAUAACGCUUUGUAUGCAUCUAUUGUCGGCCCGUUCCUGCUCACCGUGUUGUUGAUGUUCGUCUCCGGCCUGCCGCUCUCAGAAAGACCCGGCGCGAAAAAGCGCUACGAGAAAGGCACCAACUGGGACGGGUAUAAGCGCUACCUUGACCGGACGAGCAUCUUGAUCCCCUUUCCGCCACAGCUCUACGCUCGGAUGCCCGUAUUUCUGAAGCGGACCAUCUUCUUGGAGUUCCCAAUGUACGUGUUCGAUCCCGCGAAACACGCAGACGGCCCUCCUGGCCAGACCGGAGCGGAAGAGGGCAGGGGUGAGAACGCGGGAAAACCCAGCCAGGCCACGGAGAGGGAUCAGAGCACGGAUGGGUUGACCGGGGGGUCACGACAACCUUAAAGAUGGGCAGAGUCAUGUUGGCCAUUUCAGGUCGUACCGUUCGCAAGUUGCGACUGUGUAACAGAUGAGCGUCAAAUCUACAGGCUUAAUAGUAAUAGUAAUGAAAUAGACCCUGUAUGUAUGAGUGUCAUACAACGGCCAUUUCGCGACCAUAUAGAGUAUGUGAAACCUCAAUGAGUGCAAGAAAACGAUGCCUUGCCCUCGAUGCAUUCAUAGUACAGCAGAAACUGUAUUCAGGGGUAUCAUAGACUUUUCCCGGGACGCCUUCCAUGCGGACUGUUCCUAAUCCAAGACCUUACUCCGAGCUCUAGUUCGGCUCUGGAGCUCCUUUCUUAUCGGCCAUCUUCAUCUUCUUGGCCUGCCUCUUGCUCAUGACCGGCAGCGAUGUCUGGUCACCACCGCCUCCAUCCCCAGCCCCACCCUCAUGUUUCCGCUUGCCAUUCUCGUUCUUCCCUUUGGGCUGUUGCUGGUUCUGGCCCUGCUGCUUCUUCCCACCCUUAUCCUUCUUCUGGUUGCCGUCAGCAUCUUUCCCCUCGUUCUCACGGCCCGGGAUCCUGCCCUCAACAUCCACAAUAUCCACGACGCCCUUGAACGCACGUCUCUUGAGCCCCUCAUUGACGACCACGGCCCUAGGCCUCACCCCGAGGCUCUCAAGCCCCUUCUCCGGCCCGAGGCCCCACACGGCGAGCAGGUUGACCACGUCGGCUGGCGCCCUCAGGUUCCCCACGCCCUUGCCCUCGGAGCUGAGCACGAUGCCGCGGCCCCUCGUGGCCCUCAGCAGCUCGAUGGCAUUGGCGAUCCACACGCCGCGGGCCCUCUGGUCGGCAGCGGCGACGAGCUGGCCGUAGCACACCUCGAAGUAGACGCCCCUGUUCACCGCGGCCAUGCAGGGCUUGGGCUUGAAGUGGAAGGGGAAGAACUGCGUCAGGUCCAGGCUGAUCAGCGAGAUCUCGGACAUGCUCGUGCAGGCCGCCGCGAAGGCCUUGUCCGUCGUGGGCCGGCACGCGACAAUGUCGUAGGCGGCGGCUAUGGAGGGGAGGCGGUAGUUGGUCGCCGGGUCCGUGACCACCACGGUGGCGCGGCGCAGGGUCGUGGGGAGCUUGGGCUUGUUCGUGGGUGCAUCUUCGCCUGUGGGGGUUGGGGCCGAAGACGACUGGCCGUGGCGGUGAUUCUGGGAGGGGAAGGACGAGUGGACUGGGCCGAGCUGUGGGACCGGGUUGUUGAUCUGUGAGGGUAUGGGCGCCGAAAACGUGUGGUUUAUCGCGACGACAUUGUAUCCCAGCGACGCGCUGAAUCUGAGGGUGCGCUCGAGCUCUGAGGCCGACGUCUGCGGUGUCCAGUGGAUGUUGAGAUCGUAGAGCAUUGUGGGUGCGUGUGCUGCGCGUUGCGACCUGCACAAUCACUCCGGAGGGGGCUCGAGGCUUUUGCUUGAGCCGGUGCAGAGGUUGUGAUGUCGGGAUGGCGGACGGACCCGGAGCCAUCAA